CAGCAUGGAAAUACCAGUCUAUCGGUAUACCCACGACUGUGUACGCUGCGAAAUGAAAAAUAUUUAAAACCUGAUCUUGGGCUUAUCGAGUAAAAAGGAUCUUCGGGGCCUGGUUUUUAGUUUGUUUUAAUAUGUGGUCGGCGUUCGUUGUGCUGGUAGCUUGUUCUGUGACGGUACGGGAAGUGACCGCACAGAGUGGGAGGUGGUGUAAAACACCAAAUGGUGAAACUGCUCGUUGCGUUUCCAUCUACCAAUGCUCCCAGUUUCUCCAAAUUUUGAAGAACAGAAGUUCGGACCAAGAGAGGUUCCUCCGACAGUCUCAGUGCGGUUACGAAGUGGACCCACUGGUCUGUUGCGGGACGGAAGUUAAUUUUAGGAGUCGAGAGCCCAGCGACAACGGUAACCAGGGUAAUAACGGCAACAAUGGAAAUCAACCGAUUGACAACAACUUUACUCCCAACAGUCUUAUCCCUGAUAGGUCCAUGUGUGGGUUCCAGCUCGCCGAUAAGAUUUUCGGAGGUGAAAACACGGCCUUGGAUGAGUUUCCGUGGAUGGCGCUUUUAGAGUACCGAAAUUCAGCUGGGGUUAGGAAAUUUUCCUGCGGCGGUUCCCUGAUUACGCCACGUUAUAUCCUGACGGCCGCGCAUUGCGUCACCGGUAGAAUUUUACAAGUUGUUGGACGAUUAACAACAGCGAGAUUGGGAGAAUGGGACACAAAUACUGGUAGAGACUGCAUCAACGGAAACAGGUUCAGCAUUUGUAACGAGGAGCCCAUAGACGUUGGUGUCGAAUCUUCGGUAGCCCAUCCCAACUACGUGGAUAGCAGUGCUGAUCGCUUCCACGACAUAGCUUUAGUUAGGUUAAAUAGACAGGUGACUUUUACAGAUUUUAUACGACCCAUUUGCUUGCCCGGCCUCAACGAGGAAUCCAGUGUUGGAGAGAAAUUGAUAGUGUCCGGGUGGGGUAGAACUGAAAGGGGAACCAACAGUUCUGUCAAAUUAAAACUCGUAGUUCCUCUGGCAGAUAGGGGCCAGUGCGCCGUCACCUUCAGGACUGCUGGGGUUAAGGUUGGGAACGGACAGAUUUGCGCUGGGGGUGAAGCGGGAAAAGAUUCCUGCACAGGUGACAGUGGUGGUCCACUGAUGACGACAACUCGAAACGACAGCUCCCAAUGGUACAUAGAAGGCUUAGUUUCGUACGGAACUAGAUGUGGGACCGGUGGUUGGCCAGGUGUAUAUACCAGGGUGAACCAAUACCUGGGUUGGAUUCACAACACCAUUAAACCUUAGAAAAAGUUCAUGUGAUCUUAAAUAUUAUUUAUACAAAAAUUAUUAAUAUAAGUUUUAUAAGAA